UCACGAAAGCUUUAAAUAAAAAAAUAAAAGCCUCACUCAGCUGAUGAGACCUAGAAAAUCGAACCCGGUCCCGAGUUUUCUUGCUUUUAUACACAGGCUGCUGGAUAACAUGUGGGUCCGGAAAGCCUGGAGUAGGCCGAUGACUAAAUUUUAUGCGCGCAAUGUGGAACUUCUUUCACACCGUACGUUUGCCAACCGUGCUAAUCGGAGGUACAAUCGCAUUCGUACCGACGUGGAGCCACCAGCGGGCGAGGUUUGGGGCGGGGGGCGAGUCUGACGAUGUGAUGUCCCGCAGGCGCCCGGACUCUGGGUUCGUGCUGGAGACCCCCGUUGCGUGAGCGAGUUGGGGGGGGGGUCAUGGACGCUUCGGUGGUGGCGGGGGGCACGGCGGCUGCGUGGACGAGGCACAAGCAGCAACAGCAGCAGCCCGACCACGACCUAAGCCACCUGUCGAGUGAGGAGCGCGAGUGCCUGAGUUUCUUGGACAGCGCCAUCAGCUCGGCGGGCGGCUCGGACUAUCUCGAGGAGCCCGGCACGCCGGGCGACGAGUGGGACAGCGCCGCGGCGGGCGGCGCGACCCCGUGGCGGGUCAACGGCGACGACGCCUGCCACGUGGCGGGAGAUUCCGUGUCGCCCGCGGCGGGCGGCCAGGCAACGCCCGGCCACCAACGCGGGGCAGCCACGCAGCAGCAGCAGCAGCAACCGCAGCCCCUGCCGCGCCGAACGAUGACCAACAGGGCGCUCGUCCUGCCCGAGCCCCUCGAAUCUAAAAGACCCCCUUCUCCGGGACCCCAGCACUCGGGGCCCCCUUCGCCGGUGUCGCAGUCGUCGGGGCCCCCUUCCCCGGGGUCCAUUUCUUCGGGCUCCUCGUCGUCGUCGUCGGGAUCGCAGUGUUCGGGGUUCCUGUCUCUAUCGGUCCCCUCCUCAGGGCCCCCUUCUCCGAGGCCCGACUCGCCCCUCUCGUCGCCGCAGACACCCCGGCCCGGCACCAAACCCCCGCUGCGCAUCGCCCCCGCGCACGGGAAAGAGUUCAACACCAUCAUCAAAGGUACCUCCACACUUGCGGGCGUUGGGGUUCGAUACCGGUUCAAGUUGCUCGCGUGGUUGUGACCCGCUUGCGUGCGUGCGGUGGUCGUAGCGAUUGCCGCACUGUGCUACGAACCCGGCGGCACGAGUUCGAUCCCUGCUCGUGGUUACCAACACCAGUGACCAUUAUCUGGGCCUCGGUCGAUUCAGCCUCAAAUGCUGCUGAUAAUAAUAAUGAUGCAAUUGCUGCUGAGGACGAUAAUGAUGAUACGGAUGAUGGUGAUGAAGCCGUUGCUACCACCGCUGUAAAAGAUGAUACUAUUGAUGCUGCUGCUUGUGCUACUCAAUAUUAUUCAAAUGAUGAUUAUGAAACUGCUGGCGCUGCUGUGGAUAAUGAUGCUGCUGCUGAUGACGCUGAUGACCAUCCCUCCUCGUCCCCACGCAGCCGGAGUGAACGUCACAAAGAGGCGCUCCAUCAUGCAGGCGCUGCUCAACGGAGACAACCAAGCCGACGACUCCGGCCCAGGGUUGGGGUCGGGUCCCCUCGCGAACCCAAGCGACCCAAACCCGGCGCCGAGGUCCCGGAGUCAGCGCGCCUCCCUGCAGCCGGGGCCGCUCACCGGGGACUCCGGUUUUCCCUCCCCACGUGGCCCGGCAUCCCUGAGACCCCUCAGCCCCGGCCGCCUACCCCCGUCGUCGGACCCCGGCUCGAAGCCCGGCGGUGCCCAAGGGCUCACGAACGGAGCGGUGUCCCCGCCUCACCGGAGGGGUUCGGAGCCCACGACCAAAGAUCCGCGGUGGAAGCGGAAUUUUUUCAAGAUUUGAGGCGGCUCGGAGGUUUCGCAAAUGGCCGUGUCGGGGGGGGGAGGGGGGCGCUGAGCCUUCGCCACCGUGAUGUCGUGGCCAAAUCCGAGGUUUUGAUUUCGUAAGAACCGGCACGGACCAGGCGGUUACAAAUGAACUGGGAGAAUAACAUUGAACAGCAGGUAAUACACACGCGCCGCGCGGAGUGAACGCACAAAGUGGCCGAUGUCCGUUAAAAUGACCGUCGCGACGAUGGCACGCGCGGGCUGCUGGUGACUCGUCCUUUCGGCUCGGAGACCCAAGAGCCGGGCGGUUUCCUCGUCUCGUGACCUCCAUGCGACCUCCACGCGACCGCCACCCUUUGAACGCUGUUCAGGAGCGCCUGAUGAACGGUUGAGUUUGUUGAAUCGGGUAGAGAAAACUCUGAAGAGAGGGGGAAAGAGCAUCGCUUGCAAGGGUUAUCUGGGUUCACCAAAAUUGACAAAAGUCACUACUUAGAGGUCAAAGUGCAACGGCUAAGCGCAAAAAUGACGUGGCGGAAGAAAUCGAAAAACAGUGCACAAACAGAAAUCAAUUUUGAAUUGAAUAAACUUGUAGUACAACAACACAUUCGAUGUCGUGUAUCGUGAGGAUGGCCUCGACAAAUAAUCUUGAAAAGCCACUCAAGUUAAAAUCAAGUUUCAAUCUCCUGCCCACUAAUAACUCACCUUGGCCUUUCCCCCACGAGUCGCUCAACCGCGUGUCGUUGCGCAGUCCUGGCGGCUAAACCCGCCGGCCCCGGCAGUGCCACGCCUCCCGUUGGGCACGGCGCGAUGGGCACUGCCCUGGGCAUCUGUCUGGCUACGUUGUCCCAGAUCCCUCGUGUCACCAUCCGUAGCGAGGGGCUGCCAUUCUUAGCUCAUUCUUCAAUAAUCUCAGCUCCACCACGAGGACCAGGUGCCAUCUCAAAACUCAGGUUCCUUCAAAGAUCUCAGGUCACUCGAUGUCUCCCCAUAUCAACCAGGAGGACUAUGGGUAUUGUUUCAGGCUCCCCAAGGAACCCUGGGUUCUUAAGGAAUGUCAGAUCCACAAAGAGGAUCAGGAUACCAGGUACCUCCAAACAGAAGGUCCCACGUGGUUCCGAUCUCUCCCAAGAGUACCGAGUAGUGAUCCGGGUCCCUUCAGAACCUCGGCAACCUCGCGUAAGAUUCUAGGUCUCUCACGCAACCCAGUUCCACCGCAAGAAUGCCGGUAUAUUCGGCAGGUCGCUCGUGAAGAACCGCACAGCCCUUCCCUGCAGGAGGACCCAUGCCUAAAACGUUUACCUUCACACAACGGCAGAACAUAUCAGAGAUCUAUGGCGAACUUGCCCCAAAAAUUACAUGGGAAAAAAAUGUAUCCUACACAACACCAACACGUUGAUUGGACCUGAAGACUUUCCCUCUCGAUACUCAUGAACACGUACUGGACAUUCCACAUUCCUAUGGCAGUGGCCAGUUUCUAUCGACUGGACAACAAACUUCUAGCAAAGUUAUACUCGUCUAUAUUUUAGUAGUUAGUGUGUUGAAUUAAGUAAUAAAUUAGACACCUUUGCAAAUCCACCGCGAAAUGGUCACAACGGGGUUGGGUGGAGGAGAUGGAUUGUUUGACCAUACUUCACCGCGCUGAUUUAGUGCGGGUCGAAUAAGAAGUGGUGGGGGCGCCGGGAGCGGUUGGCACGUCGCUCUGAGCCACCGAUGUCAGCCGUGGUGACCACGCCGCCCCCUGCGUUCGCAUUGAUUGGGCGGGAGAGGGGAGGGGGGGCUGCGGUGACAUGGCCAAGCCCGCGAGACGUCCGUACAAUGUUGCAGCGAUCGUACCAUCGUAUCGUCCGUAUCGUCACCUUCGAUGUCACGGUGAUCGUAUCGUCCGUAUCGUCCGUACGAUGUCGCGGCGAUCGUAUUGUCCAUUCCGCUAAAUGUCGUGAUUAUCAGUCCUCUUUGUAUCCUUGAUUAUAAAAACGUCUUCUACUACCCGACCAAUGUUACGUUCAAUGAAAUAAUCAUAAAUUAAGCUUAAUAAGACAUAAUCCAGGUUAAAUAAUUUGUAUUAUUAAUAGCUGUUCCAAAAUCUAGUCUAUAACAAUGUGAGAUACAAUUAUGAAGGGUAACGGAAACCGGCAUCGCGAUAAAUUAUCAAAACCGUGAAAGUUGAUGUCGGGUAUUAGAGUUUAUUUAUUUCAGUUUAUUUAUUUUUGGUAUUGCCCUGUGAGCCAUUCGGCUCUUGAAUCGGGUGCAACCACAACAAACAAAAAAACAAAAAUACGAACAAGAAAAACAUCUUAA